AUGGCCAAUUUCUGGCCCCAUCUUCUGUAUGCCUUGGCAAUAUGCUUGAUUGCCACCAAUGUAGCGGCAUAUGAUAAGCCAUACACAUAUGCAUCCCCUCCUCCGCCACCCUAUGUCUACAAAUCCCCUUCUCCGCCACCCUACGUUUAUAAGUCUCCACCCCCACCACCAUACAUUUACAAAUCCCCUCCGCCACCACCUAAGUACUAUUAUAAAUCACCACCUCCACCACCUAAAUACUACUACAAGUCUCCUCCCCCACCUCCUAAAUACUACUACAAGUCACCACCACCGCCACCAAAGUACUACUACAAGUCACCCCCUCCUCCACCAAAGUACUACUACAAGUCUCCACCACCGCCACCUAAGUACUAUUACAAGUCUCCACCUCCUCCAUCACCUUCACCUCCUCCGCCUUAUGUCUACAGCUCUCCUCCACCACCUCCUUAUGUCUACAAGUCUCCACCACCACCUCCUUAUGUUUACAAGUCCCCACCUCCACCACCUUAUGUUUACAGCUCUCCACCACCGCCUCCAUAUGUUUACAAGUCUCCACCUCCUCCAUCACCAUCACCUCCCCCACCUUAUGUCUACAGCUCGCCACCACCACCACCUUAUGUCUAUAAGUCCCCUCCUCCGCCGCCUUAUGUUUACAGCUCUCCACCUCCGCCUCCUUACAUCUACAAGUCUCCUCCUCCUCCAUCACCUUCACCACCUCCGCCUUAUGUAUACAGCUCUCCACCACCUCCUUCUUAUGUUUACAAGUCUCCACCCCCACCUCCCUACGUUUAUCAAUCCCCGCCUCCUCCUCCAGAUGUUUACAAAUCUCCUCCACCUCCAUAUCAUUACUAA